AUAGAGGACGAAAUUGCUUGCAUUUACAAUAUAAACAAACUUGUAAACUCAUCAUGCAAACAACCUCUUCAUCAACAUCUUCUUCUUAUCGUUGGAAAUAUGAUGUCUUUCUAAGCUUUAGAGGUGAAGACAUAAGGAAUACCUUCAUAAAUCAUUUGUGUACUGCUUUCAAGCAUAAAGGAUUGCGUGUUUUUAAGGAUGACGAAGAACUUGAGAGUGGAGAACUCAUUUCACCAGAGCUCCUUCGUGCAAUUGAAGAAUCAAGAUCUGCAGUUGUUGUUCUCUCAAAAAACUAUGCUUCUUCCAGAUGGUGUUUAAAUGAACUUGUUCAAAUUGUUCGUUGCAAGAAUAUAAAAGUUUUUCCAGUUUUCUAUAACGUGGAUCCUUCCGUGGUUAGAAAUCAAACUGGAGAAUUUAAAAAAGCCUUUGUCAAACAUGAAGAAACUUUUAGAGAGGAUAUUGGAAAGGUGCAAACUUGGAGAAGUGCUUUGACAGAUGUGGCCAACCUCGUUGGAUUUGACUUAAAGGAUAGUCCACUCUUCAGGCCUGAGUCACAAUUUAUUCAACACAUUGUGAAGAAAAUAUCAAGCAAAUUAAAAUUUUCAAAAUACUCAAGUGACGAGGGCCUAGUAGGCAUAGAUUCACGUUUGGAGAAACUAAGGAAACUUAUAAGUCCUGAGUCACAUGAUGUCCGUAUGAUUGGGAUUUGUGGAAUGGGAGGAAUAGGCAAGACAACAAUUGCUACAGCUGCCUAUAAUUGGUUUUCUGAUGAAUAUGAAGGUAGUAGUUUUUUGGCUAAUGUUAGAGAAAAUUCCAAAAAAGAUGGUCUAGUUUCUUUACAAAAGAUGCUUCUUUCCGAAAUUCUAGAUAUGGAAAUAAAUGGCAUCAACGUACACAAUGAUGUUGAUGGAAUAAGGAUGAUAAAAAGUAGAUUGGGGUGUAAGAAGGUUUUUAUUGUUAUAGAUGAUGUGAACAAUCCAGUGCAAUUAGAAAAAUUAGCUGGCAAGCAUGAUUGGUUUGGUAAGGGCAGUAGGAUCAUAAUAACAUCAAGAACCAAAAAAUUGUUGACAUCCCAUGAAGUAGAUGAAGUUUAUGAUGCUGAGAAAUUAAAUGAUGUUGAAGCCCUCCAAUUCUUCAUUUCAAAAGCCUUUAAGAAACAUCAACCUUCAAAAAGUUUUAGGGAGCUGUCCGAAUGUAUUGUAAAGUAUGCUGGUGGUCUUCCAUUAGCUCUUAAAGUUUUGGGUCACUCUUUGUGUGGAGAAGAAGUUGAUAUAUGGAAAGAUACAUUAGCAAAAGUAAAAGAAUAUGGUGACGAAAAUAUACUGGACAAACUUCAAAUAAGUUUUGAUGGGCUAAGAGAUUUAGAGAAAAAAAUAUUUCUUGAUAUAGCAUGUUUUUUUAAAGGAAUGGAUAGGUAUUACGUGACAAGAAUUCUUGACAGUUGUGGUUUCUAUCCAAUUUCUAGAAUCAAAACUCUAAUUGAUAAGUCACUCAUAAAUAUUUUAGAUGAUGAUGAAUUGUGGAUGCAUGAUUUGUUACAACAAAUGGGUCAACAAGUUGUCUAUAAAGAGUGUCCCGAAGAGCCUGGAGAACGCAGUAGAUUGUGGAAAGAAGCAGACAUUCGUCAUGUGUUGACAGAAGGCACAGGAACUAAUAAGGUUGAAGGCAUGAUGCUCAACUUUCCUACAGAAGAGAUCCACUGUUGUGCUAAACCAUUUUUGAAAAUGACUAAUCUAAGAGUACUCAAGCUCUGUAAUGUUCAACUUUCAGAAGACCUUGAUUACAUUUCCAACAACUUACGUUUACUUGAUUGGAGAGGAUACCCUUUUAUAUCCUUACCACCAAAUUUGAAAUUGGACAAAAUUGUUGUGUUGAAAAUGGAUGAAAGUCGCAUUGAACAAAUGCCGCAGGGAAUCAAAGUAAGAUUAAUUCAAUUAAACUUUCCUAUUUUAUUUUUUAUGGAAUAUUUUAUGUCUUUUAUUGUUGAAUAAAUAUGGAAAAUUAAGAAAAGUACAUCUUUGUCUAACUUCUUUUCUUUUAACAGCCUUUCAACAAUUUGGAAUCCAUCAAUUUUAAUUACUGUGAGUACUUAAUCAAAAUACCAGAUUUAAUAUCAGUCCCAAAUCUCAAGGAAGUGUGUCUUUCUAGAUGUUACAUGUUGCGUGAGGUUCACCCAUCUUUGUUGGUUCACAAAAAGAUUACUUUGUUGGAUCUGAGUUGUUGUACAAGUCUUACAACUCUUCCAAACCGG